AAGUGGUGUUUGGGGGUGGAAGCGGCGGAGAGUGAGGUUCGCAGGUUGUGUGGUCAAAGGGAGGAACGACUUGGAUCCAUCCACCGCCGUACCUUUUUUCCUUCUUCAAUUUUCAUUCAAUUUGACCCUUUUUCUAUCCAAUUUCGUAUUCACACUCUCUUCCCAACAAUGGCUUCCUUUCUUCUUCGUCACAAUCGGAACCUAUUUGCUUGCUCUCUGUUCGGUAAUAAGGAGCAUUUUCGUCUAUACUUUCAGUUCAGGUUUCAAAGUUUAGGUGCUGCUGCAAACAUGGUGCAUUCAUAUAGCAGCUCUAGUGGUUCCAUCAGAAAUGAUUUUACUGACUUGACCUGCCCUCAUUCAUGGUAUCCAAAGGCCCGGGAAAAACAUCGUAGGGUUAUCCUUCAUGUUGGUCCAACAAAUAGCGGUAAAACAUAUCAUGCUCUGAAGCAGCUUGAGUCAAGUGCUUCUGGCAUAUAUUGUGGUCCUUUAAGAUUGUUGGCAUGGGAGAUUGCAAAACGAUUGAACAAGGUACAAGUUCCUUGCGAUCUCAUAACAGGUCAGGAAAGAGAGGAGGUUGAUGGUGCAAAUCAUAAAGCUGUUACAGUUGAAAUGGCUGAUGUAUCAGCUGAUUAUCAAUGCGCUGUUAUUGAUGAAAUUCAGAUGAUAGGUUGUACUACAAGGGGAUAUUCAUUUACACGUGCUUUAUUAGGAAUUGCUGCUGAUGAACUUCACCUUUGUGGUGAUCCUGCUGCUGUUCCCCUUAUUCAGGAAAUAUUGAAAAUUACUGGUGAUGAAGUUGAGGUUCAAUUUUAUGAGAGACUGUCACCUUUAAUCCCACUGAAUGUUCCUCUUGGGUCUUUCUCUAAUAUAAGAAACGGUGAUUGCAUUGUAGCCUUUUCACGUAAGGAGAUUUACAGUUUGAAGAAAAGAAUUGAGAAAGAAGGAAAUCAUCUUUGUUCAGUAGUGUAUGGCUCACUACCACCAGAGACACGAACAAGACAGUUUAAAGUUUUGUUAGGACUGCAGGCAAGCAUGUUCAAUGAUGCAAGUAGUGAGUUUGAUGUUCUUGUGGCCAGUGAUGCCAUUGGAAUGGGUCUUAAUCUAAACAUCUCUAGAAUCAUAUUUUCCAGUACAAAGAAGUUUGACGGAUUUGAGGUGCGGGAUCUAACUGUACCUGAGAUCAAACAGAUUGCAGGGAGAGCCGGGAGAUAUGGGUCAAAUUUUCCGGAAGGACAAGUGACAUGCUUGGAUGAAGAUGAUCUACCCUUGCUCCAUUCAUCAUUGAAUUCUCCAUCACCCAUUUUAGAGCGUGCUGGCUUACUUCCUACCUUCGAUUUGAUGUAUAUGUAUUCCCGAUUACACCCGAGAUAUGGUUUCUAUCAAAUACUGGCACAUUUUCUUGACAAUGCGAAAUUAUCUGAAAAUUAUUUCAUUGUUAAUUGUGAUCAAUUACUGAAAGUUGCUGCUGUCAUUGAUGAGCUUCCCCUCGGAUUACAUGAGAAAUACCUUUUCUGUAUCAGUCCAGCUGACAUGGAUGACGAGAUUUUAUCUCAAGGCCUAACACAGUUUGCAGAGAAUUAUGCAAAGAAAGGCCUUGUCCGGCUUCGAGAAAUAUUUACGCCAGGCUCACUCAAAGUGCCCAAGACUGCGGGUGCUCUUAAGGAGCUGGAAUCCAUCCAUAAGGUCUUGGAUCUUUACGUAUGGUUGAGCUUUCGGCUGGAAGAAUCUUUCCCAGACCGUGAGCUGGCUGCAUCCCAAAAGGCCAUUUGCAGCAUGUUGAUUGAGGAAUUCCUAGAAAGACUUGGGUGGCAGAGGCCAGUGGCUAGAAGAAGAUUAUCUUCGCCUAAAAUGUCAAGUUCUCUGUUAUCCCGAGAUGUGAGGCAAUACCUUUGAUGCUAUGUUUGGAUAUGCAUUUUCAAACAACUGAUCCCAUCUGGCCAGAAGCUACUUGCAUCUUUUCUCAAUUUGACGUGAAAAUAACAAAAGAACUGAGUUCAGAAAGUAUCCAAAAAACACAGUAGGUUAUUCCCUUGCCUUGCUGGUACCAGUAGCAGUGCCAAAAUCUCUGUUCAGCAUUUUACAACUUUCACUAACAACGUCAAAUAUGCUGUACAUAUACUAGGUUGUUUUCUACCUCUUACACAUUCAUAUUGAUUCAUCUAAUGAUUAUUUGAUUAUAUUUUUUCCCCAAA